GGAGGGAGCGAUACCGACUGAUUAAGUGAUAACGUCAAUAUUAAAUAACAACAAGUAUUACGAUAGUAUCAACGAACGAACAACAGUAUAACAACUAACAACAACAACAACGACGACGAAGACAACGACGACGACAGCGAUUACAGAUCAGUAUAUCACUGACCAGCAGUGUCCAAACCGUCCAUCGGCAUUCAGUUAGACCAGUGGUUUUACGAGCUGCGCCCGCAGGAGCCGUCCGCCGUGAGAUGAAGAACGUAUUUCUUGUCACUGUCGUCGGGUCGCUGAUUGCGUUCGCAUACGUGACUUAUGCGUGCAACGAGGCUGUGUGCGCGUCGAUCGUCUCCAAGUGCAUGAUCACACAGUCGUGCAAGUGCGACCUGGUCAACUGUUCGUGCUGCAAAGAAUGUUUCAGUUGCCUCAACAAUCUGUACAGUGAAUGCUGCUCGUGCGUGGACAUGUGUCCAAAACCAAAUGUUACUACUAAUGAAUUGAGUAGAAAAAGUCACGUUGAAGAUCUGUCAGACUCUGUCGUGACUUUAUUUACUGCUCUUGUUUCGGAACCAGAUCUACAACAACGAUGGGAAUCUCUAACAUACCCAAUUGAUUUAGACAUUGAAAUUCUGACACCAGAUUUUCAGAAAGAAUUUAAGUUGUUACAAAAAAACUCCGCUCAAGAUGAAUCUUCUAUGAAGAUUACUUUGAAUUGUUCUGUUGUAUUCAUGAGUCAAUGUUUGUCUUGGAACAAAUGUAAGGCAGCUUGUAUAUCAAUGGGUGCUAAAAGCUACCGAUGGUUCCAUGAUGGAUGUUGUGAAUGUGUUGGUGAACUGUGUUUGAAUUAUGGAUUAAACCAGAGCCGGUGUAAACACUGCCCAUUAAAAGGAACUGUUAUGCCAACAAUAAGUGAAGCUGAUUAUGGUGAUGAAGAAGAUGACGAUGAAGAAAUGGUACAAUAAGUAAUGAAUUUUCAUUAAUAAAGUAUUACUUUUAAAUUUGUAUAUAUUAUAAUUUUGUUGUUUUUUUUGUUGACAACUAUCAUAUCAAUAAAUUCCUACUCUGUACUUUUAUAAAUAUUAUAAUUUAACAACUUGGACAAGAAAUUUUACUUGCCUAAACGAAUGCUUUUAGUUGUAGUAACGUGGAUCUGACUGUCAAAAUAUGAUUGAGCAAUAAUCUUAUUUUAUUUUAGUGUGGACUAUUGUAUUUAUGUUUAGUUAAUUUUAUAACUUAUAAUAUUGAACAUUUUUAUUCCAUUUUGUAUGUUACUUUGUACAGAGUUAAUAAUAAUCAAAAAUCAAUUUAA